UUCACUUCUAUAAUCAUCUCUCUCUCUCUCUCUCUCUCUCUCCAAUCACAUUUCGGAUAUCAAACUUUCCCCAGAAAAUCAUGAAGCAAAAGGUUGUGAUAAAAUUAGGGCGCAUGAACAACCACAAGCUGAGAUCCAAAGCCCUGAAGAUUAGUGUUAGCUGUUCUGGAGUGGAAGGUGCAAGAUUCAAAGGGGAAGAGAAAGAGCAAAUAGAAGUGAUAGGAGAAGGAUUGGAUAUAGUUGAGCUCACAAAUAUGCUUAGAAAGUAUGUUGGUCAUGCUGAGCUACUUAGUGUGAGUCCCAUGAAAGAAGAAGAAAGGAGGACAAAAGAUACCAAAAUUAACACACAAUUUGAUUACAAGACAGUUUCUUAUUAUCCAGAAAGUGUUCCCUAUUAUCCAAUUCAUCAAUGCAGGACUUCAUACCAAUAUCAAGACCCUUAUUAUUGUUCCAUAAUGUAAGGGAAGAUAAUUGUUAGAUAACCUUUUUCAAAUGUAUUCCAUAAAUGAUAAAUCUAUGAAAUGAACUCUACCAUUUAUGUCUCAUAGACAGUGACGCCUAGAUCUUCAUGGACUUGUUCAUUAUUAGCAAUCAAUAAUCAGUAAGUGCACCUUUUUAUUGAGUUUA